AUGGCGAAGCCCGUCGAUUACCAUGCCACGCUGGCAAGUCUCCGCGCUCAACAAUCCUCGCAGCCCCUCUCGAUCCUCGCGCUUGCAGAGCCAUUGACCGCGACCGCGUCGAAGAGUCAGAAUGAAUUACAGUCACAAGCACAACCGCAAUCACCCUCGAACGCAAACACAAACACAGGUGCUUCACGAUUGCAAUCACACCAACAACCACGCCGAUCAGAUGUCUCCUCCAACACAGCCUCCCAGGCCGCAUCAGACAUGGCCGAUUCGUUCUCCCAACUCAUCCCGACAUCCCUCUCCGCCGACCUGGCGCACUACAAGGACUUGUUCUCGAAACUGCGCUUCAGCUACCUCGAGCAAGUAACGAAAGAGAAAUAUUUGCGCAGCAUCGUCGGCGAUCCGCCCUUGGUGGUCAGCCACAGCGACAACCUGGUGCUCGAGGACAAGCUGGGCGCGAUGAAGGCGGAGCUGCAGGCCAAAAAGCGCGACGUGGACGUUCUGGUCGCAGAGAUAGAGAGCCAAGCCCGUCUCCUGGCUCAGCGAUACGACACCGUCACGGAAGGCCUCGACGUGCUGGAGCGUGUGCCGCGCCAGCUUGACCAGCUCAGACAGGAGAUUGCGGAAUUGCAGGCCGAAGUGACUGCGAAGAAAAGGAAGCAACGCAUUGGCCACAGUAGUGGUAGCGAUGACGGCGAUGCCGGCGACAUCGAGAACGACCCUCUCAUGAAUUUGGCUCUCGGACCGACUCAGCUAGCCCUCGACAGCCAGAAAGCCGCCAACGCCGAGCUCGAUCGCCAAAUCGAUCUGCUGAAACGUCAGAUGCCGGCCAAGGACCGUGACGUGGAGAAGAUGGAUCGCGAACUGGCCGAGCUGGAGAAGACGCGGAAUGAGACGACAAGGCUGGCCGUUGAGCUCCGCAGGCGCCGCGAGCAAGGCGCCCGUGAUGAGAUGGAGGAUUUGGGGAGGUGGUAUCGUGGCUCGGACGCCGUGUUGAGAGGCGUCUUGGGUUUAGGCGUGGAGAGUUGA